CGAAGACGAACAUUGCCGCCAUCUGUCGUCAAAGUUAACAACUACACCAGACCAAAACAAGAUGGAAGCUGUGAUACAAAUACAGUGAAUUUGAUAUGUUAUCUCGCAUUUGCCGGUUUCGUCUUGUGUUUAUUAAAGAUAUAUCAUCUCAAAGGCUAUAUAGUACCGGAAGUACAAGUAAGAAUGGAAGCAAAUAUGUUAAACCAGCAAAGGGACUUAAACAAUACUUUGAAAAUAAAUUUAGCAGAUUUGUUAAAGGAUACGAAAUCAUAUUACAGAAUAAAUUCCCCAGUGCAUUUAAAGUUUAUCAGGUAUUUUCUGUAGGAACCAAAGAAUUAUAUCGAGAUAUAAAAGAAUAUAUGAGAAUAUCUCAUGAUUUACGUUAUGGAAAGUCAGUAAGGAAUUUGACAAGAAGGGAAUUGGAAAUAUAUUUUCAAAUUCCGAAAGAUAUGAAAAAAGUUGUACCUGUUUUACUCAUUUCAACUCUUCCAUUUGUAAAUUAUGUUGUUUUUCCUUUAGCUUAUUUAUUUCCUCGUUACUUCUUAUCAUCACAUUUCUGGAGUUUGCAACAAAGGAUAGAUUUUGCCUUAAGUCAUCAUAAAAGACGAUUAUAUAAUUACCGUCCAGUGUUUCGUCAUCUUCAAGCCAAACUCUUGACCAUAAAUGAUAAAGAUUUAAAGGGAAAGUGGGCUAACAUUUUAUAUCAGGCAA